AUGUCAUCAUUGGCUUCCGCACGAUAUCUUCAAGGCCCUCAGGAUGCGGCGACUACAGAGUCGCCAAGAGGCCUGACGGCAGAACAAAAGGAAAUUCUUGAUGCUGCUAUACGAGUAGACCAAGCUGGUGAAGUGGCAGCAAACUGGAUAUACAAGGGUCAACUAGCGGUGCUUGGACGAGACCCAAAGGCUGGACCGCUCAUCCAGGAAAUGUGGGAUCAAGAGAAGAAGCACUUGGCGGUGAUGGACAAGUUGCAGCAGCAGCACGACGUACGGCCGACAAUUUUAACAGAGGUAGCAAAGAUUGCCGGAUAUGGACUAGGAUUUGCUACUGCUAUGAUGGGGAAAGAGGCCGCCAUGGCAUGCACAGAGGCAGUUGAGACGGUCAUUGGCGAGCACUACGAUGACCAAUUGCGGGAUUUGAAACAGAUUGAAGGCGUUCACAGUAGCAUUCCUUUGCUGCAGCAAGUGAUUACAGAAUUUAGGGACGACGAGCUCGAACAUCUUGAUACCGCUGUAGAGAAUCACUCACAGCGUGCACCACAUCAUGCUCUGUUGACUACAAUUGUCGAGGGGGGCUGCCAGAUUGCCAUACAGCUCUGCAAACGGUUCUGA